GUCUGGAACACCCCUAUGUCGGUGAAAAAGCCGAACCCAGUGCGUAAUGCAAUAUAGUUAAUAAAAAAAAAGAUAUAAUACACGCCGGGAUUUUAUUAAAUAAUUUUUAAAAAAUGAGCGUUAAAAAAAAAUCCACAGAUAGUUGCCUGGUUAAAUAUUUACAAAAUACCACGGUGGACUACCAGUUAUUGGUGUGUUGUUCUUUGGCAUUUGCCGUGUACGUCAACACGUUAAACGCCGGAUUUGUAUACGACGACAACCGAGCAAUAAUUGCUAAUGAAGAUAUACGAUCAUCAACAUCCGGUUGGGGUUUGUGGUGGAAUGAUUUUUGGGGCACGCCGAUGGGUACUGGAAAUUCACACGGAUCAUACAGACCAAUUACUGUAUUAACAUACAGACUUAAUUACAGAUUUUUCGGAUUGAGACCUAUGUCGUAUCAUGCUACCAACGUGGGUUUGCACAGCUUGGCAACCGGUCUACUUCUGGUCACUGCUCGGAUGAUCAUGUCCAAGCAGUCUGCUGUGCUGUCAACAUUGCUGUUCGCUGUGCAUCCGGUCCACGCCGAUGCCGUGGCCUCAGUGGUCGGUCGUGCAGAUGUCUUAUCGUGUGUGUUCUUCUUGCUGUCGUUCUUAUGCUACAAAGAAUAUGUACGGACCAGAAUCCAUAAUCGAACCAGUGCGUGUGGCCAAAGAACAACCAGAAAGUUCCUCGUUUUCUGUGUAGUGUUUGCGCUAUUGUCCAUGCUGGCCAAAGAAAACGGCAUAUCGGUGAUGGCCAUUUGUAUUGGUUACGAACUCGUGUUGAGACUGAGAUCCAUCAAGAAAACCAAGACGGAACAGGAUAAGUCGGCGUUAAAAAUCUUGGUAACCAGUACCGCAGUGAUGGUCGCCGCCAGACUGUGCGUCAUGUCCGGAGCCGUGCCGACAUUCGCUGCAUCCGACAAUCCAACGGCCAAACACUCAGAUCCGGUGGUCCGGACGCUGACGUUCCUACACCUGCCGCUGGUCAGCGCUCGUCUGCUGGUCUGGCCUCAGGUGCUCAGCUACGACUGGUCGAUGGACGCCGUGCCGCGGGUGGAGACCGUCGCGGACCCGCGAAACGCCGCCACUGUGCUGUUCUAUCUCACGUUAGUGGCCGUCGGGCUGAAGGCGCUCAAACGGAGGCCCGUGGCCGUGGCCGUGGCCAUAGCCGUGGCGUCGUAUUUGCCCGUGUCCAACAUGUUUUUCUACGUUGGCUUUGUCGUGGCAGAACGAGUGCUGUACAUACCCAGCGCCGGAUACUGCUUGCUCGUCGGUUACUCGGCGGCCGUUUUAGUGAAAAAAAUGAACAGCCAUUACGGACGCAUCGCACGCAGCGCUGUUUAUGUUUUGUACGCCGCAAUGAUCCUGAGCUUUGCCGUCCGCACGAUGCUGAGGAAUCGAGAUUGGCGCAACGAGGAGGCGCUCUAUCGAUCGGGAAUCCAAGUAAAUCCUCCCAAAUCCUACGGAAACCUCGGCUCGAUACUCAGCUCUCAAGGCAGAACAAACGAAGCAGAAAUCGCAUAUCGAUCCGCUCUCAAGUAUCGGUCCAACAUGGCUGACGUCCAUUACAACUUGGGCAACUUGCUGCGAAAUAGUAAAAAGUACGAGGAAGCCAUUUGCAGCUACAAGUCGGCCAUCGCCUUCAGACCUACGCUAGCACUGGCUUACCUGAGCCUGGGAGAUUGCUUGGCCGUUACCGGCAAAACCGCAGAGGCUGAAGAUGUUUUGAAAAGGUGCUUAGCGCUGGACGGUUCGACCGUAAAAGAUAUUCGAUCUCACGUAAAGGCUCAAAAGUCUUGCGUGCUACGAUUGGGUAGAAUGUUUGCAGAAAUGGGCAAACACGACGAAGCGGUGGCUGUUUUCGAGUCGGCCAUUGACAUUAGCGAAACUUCUUCACAGAUAAUGAUGUUGGCUCUUGCAGAUUCGUUAUCGGCACUUAGGAGGGACACUGAUGCGGAGAAAUACUACAGACAGUUACUCAGAUCCAACCCAACAGACGUUUCCACCUUCUUGACGUAUGGUGAUCUAUUGGCUAAAAAUAGGUCUCGAGUGUCCGAAGCAGAAGAAUUGUACAAGAAGGCACAUCGGACAGCACCAGACGAUGCAACUGUUCGUGUGAGGUAUGCCCAGUUCCUUGCGGUCAUGGGCAGAACCGAAGAGUCGGUAGAACAAUACAAAGCCGCUGCUACCUUAGCACCCGGCGACCACGAAAUUGCAGUUAAGACAGCCACGGCCUUACGAAUGUCCGGCCGAACGGUUGAAUCUGAAUUCUACUAUAGAAGAACCGUGCAACUGUAUCCGGAGGACGCGGCGAGCCAUAGCAAUUUGGGUGCCAUAUUGCAUAUCAACGAGAAGUUUGAAGAAGCCGAACGUUCUUACAAGUCUGCCUUGCGGUUACAACCGAACGACGCGACGACGCUGGCAAAUUUGAGAAAACUCAGAACCGUUCACCGGCACACCGUCAAAUGAUGAUAUUUACCAACGUGUGUUUGAAUUGUACCUAUUCAUUUCAAACGCCAACUUUAUUAACAAUACUGUUACCUGAAAAAUACAGCUCAACCCCAAUUGACUGUAGUA